AAAAACAAUAAACUUGGUGCGCAAUCGCGGUCACGAAGAGUUAUCGCCGAGCAACGAUAAUCGGCUAACAGUCAACGAUUGUCGUAACGGGGCAAAUGACGGAUCUUAUCGGAACAGAAAUAUGAUGUAUCGCGCGGUGACGGACGAGUGGCGCGCGAGAUUGGCUACGAGAGAAUGACAGUGACGUGUAUGUCGUUCACGGAUGUUGUUCAGUGCCGGGAUGCAGCAGUGAGUAACUGUCAAUAAAAGCGACGAGUGCGGCACAACGAGAUCGGUUUCGUCGUCGUCGUCGUCGUCGUCGUCGUCGUCGUUGUCGUCGUCUGCGGAGCAGGAGGGUGAAAACAGAGCUGCCCGAUACCGCUCGCAGAAACAUCCAGCAUGAAGGAUCAUCGAGGAGGAUGGCUGCGCGCCGUGCUGCCCCUGAUAACGUUCUUCCCUCAUCUGACGGAAUGCGCGGCCAAGAACGGGAGAUCGGUGGUGGAGCACCAUCCGCCGUCCUCUUACUGGGAGCAACCCUUUAGUCAGCCUUACUUCGACAACACGACAAAGAGGGAGACCACAACUACCGUUGGGCAAUCCGCUUACCUGCACUGCAGGGUGCGCAAUCUUGGCGAUCGCGCGGUUUCGUGGAUCAGGCAACGGGAUUUGCAUAUCCUUACUGUCGGCAUCCUAACGUAUACGAACGACCAGCGUUUCCAAUCGUUGCACAGUGAUGGCAGCGACGAGUGGACCCUGAAGAUCAGUUCGCCACAAGUGCGAGAUAGCGGAAUCUACGAGUGUCAAGUCUCGACGGAACCCAAGAUCAGUCAAGCUUUCAACUUGAGCGUAGUAGUCUCGAAGGCAAAGAUCAACGGCAAUUCGGAGCUCUACAUCAAAAGCGGGAGCGACAUCAAUCUGACCUGCAUCGUGCUGCAAACGCCGGAGCCACCAUCCUUCAUCUAUUGGUACAAGGGCGACAACGUGAUAAAUUAUAGCCAACGCGGGGGCAUUAGCGUCGUGACGGAAAAGCAAACGCGAACGUCACGUCUUCUGAUCAGCAGAGCGCUGCCAGCCGAUUCCGGCAAUUACACCUGCGCACCAUCCACAGCCGAGUCAGCCAGCGUCCUCGUCCAUGUGCUCAAUGGUGGGGGAGCAUCCGGCGGCCAUGCAGCACGGGAACUCUAGUAACAGCGGCGCAGCCACGAGGACGCUCGCGCUGCUCCUGUUGCUCCUGCACGCCGGCUCCUUCGCGAGGUGACUGGUCGAUCACGAGGCGCUGUAGUAAGAGAGUACGGCCGAUAGUUUCACCCAGGCGAGAUCGGGACGACCACGAGGAUGGUGCAAGGGAGGCGAAGCCAGAAGAGAAGACCAGGGGUGCACCCCACCCGCGCUAAUCACCCGCCGAACUCUAUAAAUCUCCGCCCCCGAUCUUCGCGACCGUCGAUCGCGAUCGACUCGGAAUAGCAAAGUGUGCGGAGGGGGCGAAGGAGAAGACAAUGUGCGGGGCUAACAGCGACCGCAAAGAGAGUUCGCCAACUUUGCUCUCGCUUCCGGAGCACGAAACCCAGCUAAUCCUGUCCAGUCCACAUUUCCUUGAGCGACCACCCCGUCUGCACGUCUCAUGCGAUUGCAUGCAUUCAUAACCACACGUCGAGGCUCACGCUACAACGAUUUCCACUGGACUUUUCAUUCGUAGCUUGUGUGACGCAUUGACGCCGACCGGGAUUGACAGAGCGUGUAGAUUCGCCGACGAGCGAACUGCUCGCGCGAACGAUCGAAUUCGAAGACGAGCGAACACGCGGAAUGGACUGACGCAUUUUGACAAGAACGAACGAUUUCUCUUAGGUCGGCGCGACGGGAUUAGCAUUUCUUUGCCGCCGGUCGGCGCCCGCGUAGAGACGAGGAAAUCUAUCGGCGAUGCAGCUGACUCCUGCGGAUCUCGAGAGGUAAGAACCAACCAUGUUUUCGUCCGAGACCGACCGGUGACCUAGUUACGCUGGCAAAACUAUCCUGGAAUUCCACUCAAUUUCUGGUCGCCGGAAGCGGUAUCGUUUCUUUCUCGUGGAGAACAAAUAUUUUGAGGUUCGUCGGACUUAUCCGCUCUCGCGAAAACUUCUGAGAUAUACGUAUAUAUGACGCGCUGCGUCAUACGAAUGUCUCGUAAGCCGCCGGAUGUGCACUUCGACCCGCUGAAACUUUACGUCGCUCUCGAGCGCAGCUUCUUUUCAAUCCGUCGCAGAUCGUCCUACGUGCAUUGCAAUCUCGUAUUCACAAUAAAGAAUUACUGCCACUGUUAGAAUAUCAAUUUACUGUCCGUUAAAAGAUAUAUAACGUGUGUUUAAAUUUGAAAUGCAUAUCUUAAAUUUAAUCUAUUAUAAGUCAGUGAGUGAAAUGAUUAUUUUACAUUGCAUCUUUCUAACACCAUUAAGAAACGGCCAUUUGACUGAAUGUUGAUCCCACGUUAUUCCAGAGUACAACAGCGAAGAAAAUAAAUUAUACAGAUUAGAGAAAUAUUAUAUCGUAAACCUACCUUUAUAAAUUUAUGACUGUCGGACCAUUUUGAAAAAAAGACUGCAAUUUUCUUCGCUGAACUUAGCGUCCUUUUAGUCCAUUUAGCGCGAAGAUUUUGCCAGAAAUAAAUAUUUCUCUCGAUCGUUCUCGCCGCCCGCUAUGGACUAGCAAACGGAAUCGGCUACGACAAUAAUAAUCGAUUUUCGCCUUUCGCGAAAGACGAAAAAGCCACUGAAGUAUCCCUAAAUUAUGCAGUCCGGACCGUGCGAAAUUCGUAGCUUGGCAAGGGAGAACGCCCGCAGUUUCGUCCGGCGUUCCAUUUGCAUCGCAGGACGCGGAAUUUACGAGCUCGGGAGUCGUCGAACCUCGAUGCGGCUAUGAGACCGUCGCCUAUCCGUGUGCGUGUAUGAUAGACCCGAUAAGUUAUAUAACUAAGCUCGACGUACCGUCGUUCGCGAGAGGGAAAUAUUGGCUUGGUCGAUACAAGGGUCUGGGCCGUUAUAUAUUCACGUUAUACCUGGUGCCUUGAUUAUGCUAAGGCAGAGCGCGCUCAACUUGCGUGCUUAAUUACUGCUUUAUGUGAUUAUUUUCCCUCAUAAUUGAAUGAAAACAGCUCGAUUUAUUCUUAUCGAUUUCAUUCUCGCGCAGAUAUUCUACUUAUUACGUUCAUCAAUAAUAUAUAACACGUAUUAGCUUUCUCUGGAAUUCUAUUUACAGGACGUAUUGUCACAAUUUGACUGUCUGACUCGGCACCAUCCGGUAAUAUCAAAUAUAUAUCAAAUUAAUUGCAUUCCAACCGAGAUGAUCGAGAUUGUAUCACGUAGCACGGUCUGGUGUGCGGUCGCAGUUAACGCAGCCAGCUGACGCGCCCGGAAUGUUCUUCGAAUAAAGUUGCAUCUAGCGUUCGGUCGCGGAUUGCGAACACCGUCGACCCGGGAAAUAUAUCGGGCGCGAAAGUGACGGAAAGUUUCUCUCGGAAAGCGGAGCCGCGGUGACGCGACGCCACGAAACGCCACGAACGCGAUUGAUUCGCGUGAUAAUUCCCUCGUUGGGAUCUCAAUGCGAUGGGAAGGCUCUCGUGAACCGCCGAUGGCGUUGAUUAAGUAUCCGAUGACAUCUGUGUCUCAACUUCUACAUAUCUUAAUCUGUCAUUACCGCUAAUUUUCCCUUCGCAAUCGAUGUCUCCUCUGAGUGACGCACGCAUUUUUAAUCACACACCAAAAUCAUGCAUCGCGAGUUCGCACACUGAUCAAGGCUUUAGUUCCGGAAGCGAGAAUACGAGAUUUGCCGGCGAAAAGGCGCGCGUGGAAAGCGCAGUGCGGACGACGCGCGAGAGACAAUGCGCGUGGGUGCGCGGACUCACGCUCGUUAAGAUAAUGUUAAGCUUUAAAUGAUAAAAAAAAAAUCGUAUCGUACUGGUCUAUCCGUGUAUACCUCUUCAUAGAUCUCUCCGAUCGCAGUGGGUUGGUCUCGUAGCGUGCACAGAAUCCGAGGCGCGUUGGAAAACGCGCUCGUAAUGCGCAAUGUGGAAUACGUCGUUCCGGAUAAUAACGCAUCGCGGCAUACUAUUUUCAAGGAACGCGCAUGACGCCGCUCGAUAAAUAUUCAGCCGCGCGACAGAUAGAGCUAUUGACGGUCGGGAAAAUCGAGAGAAAGAAAUCCUGAUCAUUGUUUGUUUUAUUCAGAUUUUUUUUGCAUUCUUCUGCAAACAAAUGGAAAAAUCAAUAAGUUAAAAGACGUAAUUGUACGACUAAAUAUACCCUAAUGCAUUUUGAAUUCGAUUUGUUGGAAAAAUAUUAGGUUACUAGAUAAAGGUAGGUAUACGUAACUAUUCAUUGUACUUUUAUUAAUGCUAUAUAAAACGAGAGAUGAAUAAUUUCGCUUUUUCAAAAAUGAAAAUACUGGAUUUGUAUAGAAAUCAAUAUAGAGUUAAUCAUCUAAAAAAUUUAAAAGAUAUAAAUAUUCUAAGAUAUUAACAUGAAUGAAAACGAAAAAUUUAAAUCCGUUCUUGUUGCAAUUUUAACGAUCUACUUUCUAACGAUCAAAUUUUAGAUUAUUUUAAAAUUCAAUAGAUGUACGAUUUUUAUUAUGAUUUAAUGAUCUUUUUAUUCUUGUUAUUUUUAGUCUUUUAUCAAUUUAUCUUUUUUCUUUUUUUAAAUUGUAAAACGAAGGAGCUUCAUACUGAUGAUACGAGAAUUUUAUAAAAAAUGUAAUAAAAAAAAAAUAGAGAGAAAUUUUUUUUAUUAUCUUCGCCUGCUUUAUCACUGACGAGUGAAAAUGAUUUUCGUGCCGAGUGUCGCCUUAGGGACACGAUACGCCUCGGAUACGCGUUAUCAGCAACGUGAUCGACCCACGAAUAGCCGUACUGUACAUACCUUCUUGAAUGUAACGAUCGCUGUAACUCUCUUCGGCAUGACUAAGAACCACGAUGUAACUUUUACUAAUUCACACUGUUAGAUCGAUCGAGUGCUUCGUCAGGUGAAACGCAGUCAUUGCACGAGACUCCCAUCAUCAAUCAGGAUGAAUAGGUCUGGAUGAUCAAUGGUUUGGCAAUAGAAGUUCUGAAUGUAGUGGGUGUAUUUUUUCCAGCUAAAUUAAAUUGAAACUCUCGGACGAAAGAAAGAGGAAAGGUUGCAUUGCAAAAUUGAAUGUUUUAUCGCCGUGAUUAUUGCGCUGGGCAAAAUCAGUCGGUACUGUCAAUAGAGAGAGAGAGAGAGAGAGAGAAAGAGAGAGAAAGAGAGCGAAAGAAAGAUAUCACUUGAUCUCCAAACGAAUCGACCAUCGGAUCAAAGAUUAGGAAGUAAUUGCCGAGAAAAGUAAUUAGCGAAGAUGCAGCACAACUUUGUAAAUAAAAUAAAUUCGAUUGUAUUGUCACGGCUCGCUCGUACGAACCAGAAGUGCGCAAGACGCGAAAUCUGUCACUAAAAUCUUUUCCGAAUUUAACGCGUCCAAUCGUUUCGCUCACGUCUUACUCUCUUCUCGAUUUACAGAUGCACCGAAGUGCAGAGAUAAAUAUUAACUCUUCCGCUACCAAGAGGGAGAAGCUUUGCUCUCGGACAGAGAUACAACGGAAAAACUGCUUUGGGGAAUAAUUUUGGAAUUUCGCCAGGUAAUGGAAGAGUUAAACAGUCCGACAUAUCGCGAUGAAAUUUUGCGCACCUCUGAGUCCGAUAUUUCGCGGGCGAUCGAAAGGUUUCCGCUAAUGUAAGAGACGGCGAAGAGAACGCACGACGUGGUUGUAUGUUCCUGAGAGAAGAGUUCCCGAAAGAGCGUAUUCCCGGUGAACGGCGGUUCCGCCGUCUGUUUUCGAGCAACGGGAACGAGUUUCGCAAAAUCCACCAUUGCCAUGUUGCACAUCCUUUCUCCCGCUCUCCUUUCACCCAUCGACACCCCGUCAUCCCACUCUUCCCCCGUGCUUUUUUAUACGCCGAACGAGAUCUGUCCUCGUUAGUACUUGUAAAUGGCUUUCGCGCGCACGCGGAUGUCGCUAAUCCUGCUUCUGUAUAUUCCGAAAAGGAUAUGAAAGCGAGACGGACGCGGGCGCGAUUAAUUGACUCGCGCGAGCCGCGAGCCCCCGAGCUCGCGUCCGAACGAGAACGACUGGUAGCGAGUAAGUUUAACCCGAUUGUACGAGAUCAAUUACUUGUUAGCACACGAGCGAUCAGCGUACGCUCUUAGUGACACUACUCAAAGGAUGUUUAACGAAACGUACCAUUAAUGUAUAUAUAAACGAGCAGUACCGACUUUAUCGUUUAUGUUGAAUCCAAUUGUACCAGAAUUCGUAAGGCAAUUAAAAGAGAAGAAAUAACGAUUA